AUGGCUGUUCGUUCACUUGACACGCGAGAUGAGAAACAAGAGCUUUACACUGUGGAUAAUGAUGAUGGAGUUAUACGUGCUAGUUAUCGGAAUGUAAAGGAAUUAGUGCAUGUACUUGACAAGACUCCUGAGAGUAGCUGGGUCAAUCACGUACGUGCUGGUGCAAAAAUGAUGUUGGAAAGUCUUCCACUAGAAUGUCACUUGUCAGUGGAAGAGAUUGUUGUGCUUGCGGCGCAGAUUAAUGAGAACUCAUACUCACUUGAUGCAUUAGAUGACAACCAUUUGGUUGCAGCCGUAGGACUGUUUCCAGUCUGUGGACUAAUCAAUCAUAGCUGUCAACCAAACUGCACAUGGUCAAAUGCUGGAGAUAGUAUCUUGGAAGUAAGAGCACUGCGUGAUAUUGAAGAGGGAGAAGAACUGACAUUGAGCUAUAUUGAUAUUGACGUCGAGCGCCAUGAACGGCGUAAAGAGCUGCGAGAUACAAAGCAUUUUGAUUGCUUCUGUGAACGAUGCGCAGUGCCACUAAGUGAGUCGGUUGACCGAUACUUAGAAGGCUUUUGUUGCCCCACUUGCCCUUCCACGGCUGCUGGAGAGAAUGAACAUCGACUCUUGUCUCAAGUUGAAGACAAAUAUGUGUGUCCAAACUGCCAGUUUAAUGUUCCGGUAAGUGCCAUCGCGGCAGCGAUUGUGACGGCAAGAACAAAGCUUGCUAGUGCAAAACAGCAUUUGAAUCAAUUUAGGUACACGGACGUUGUGGCCGAGCUUACGCAAGUUUGUCAGAACAUUGACGUAAACGGGCAGACGAUUCCUUUUCACCCCAGUCACGGUGUUGCAAUUGCUGUGACACGUGUGCUAUCAGACGCCCAGAUCAAGCUGGGCAAUCUUGUCGAAGCAUACAAACUUCGUCGGCGGCUUCUAAAAGCUCUCGAGCUCGUGUCUUGGCGCUACCAUCUGCCACUCGGGCUUGCUCAUUUUGACUACGCAGAAGCCUUGCGUCGCAUGCUGAUGCACCCCACGCUUCCGAUCCCUGACAACUUGCACCGUGAUGAAUUACUGCAAGAGAUGCGAGCUUCGUACCAAGCCUUCAGCGACAUUUGUGCUGUUUGUCUUGGCAAGCCUCAUCCGUUGCGACACCGUGCUGUUGCCGGUCUAAAGUUCUGA